AUAAGAGAAACUUAGAAUCACAUUGAGGUUCAUCUGCAAGCAGUUGAAAGACAUCCAACAAUUGGUAAGAAUCACCCAUGCUUUGGCACUCUAUAUUAUGUUUUUUUUGCAAUUUUAGAAGAAAUAGAAUCAUGAAUGGGACAACAAACAAAGAUGAAUGUAGUCUUGUUCCAGUUAAGGAAGAGGAACAAUUUCCUACAGUGUGUUGUGUUUUUACUAAAAACAUCUCACUAAAUCCAGAAUGCAAGCAAAUAAAUGUUAAUAAGAAUUUUAAGUGCUCAAUGUGUAUGCCUUCCUCACCUGAACCUGCUGAAUCUCAAUUUCCGCUAAAAAAAGUGCACAGUAAAGAUAACAUUGAUGAAAAGCUUGUAGGCGAUCAUAAUGAGACAGGUCAUUUGGCAAAAAGUACGAAUGGCUUAUUGGUUGAAACUGCCUCGUCAGGCCUUGCAGAAACACAUCCAGACUUAUCCAUGAUGCCUAAUGCACCUAAGCUUGAGCAAAAUCUUUUGUUAUUGCAGCAAAAACUUGCUGAUUUGGCUGCGUCGUUGGAGGAAUCCCAAGGAUAUACUAAACAGUUGCAAAAUAAACUUGAUAAAGUAUCAGAAGAAAAAGAGAAGUUAGAGCAGGAAAAAGCAACUGCAAAUAAAGAAUUUGCGUCUCAAUUACAAUCAUCCGAACUGAAAUAUAAGCAAGUGGUCCAAGAAAAUGUAAAACUACAGGAAAAACUAAAGCUUGUUAAUUACACUAUUUUGAAAGAUAAGCAUCGUAAACUAAAACAACAAAUGCAAGGGUAUCAAAAUGAAGCAGAGGAGGAGAAACAGAAACGACAGACUGCGAAAGAUAAAUUAAAACUUCUUAAGACUAAAUUACAAGAAGGAAAGCUAGAAAUUUCAAAAAUUGAGGAACAGCUACAAGCAAGUUUAAACAUGUCUGUCAAUGUAGUGUCACUAACUAAAGAAUCAAAUAAAGAACAAAGAAGCAGUUUGGAGCUGUCAAAUGGAUUUCCUCUACCACAACAACAGGUUGCAGAGAAACAACAGCAAACCUUAGACAUGCCACCUAAAGUUCAGCAAGGUUUAAAGCCUGCUAAAGAGAUUGAAAAAAAAGGAAAUUCUUUAGAGAAUGAAUUGAUAAAAAAACGACCAUUGUUGUCGCCACAAGACACAAGGGAAGAAACUUCUAGAUACCCAAAACGUACUCUUAGGAACAAUCACAAAGAAGAUGAAGUGCCAGCCGUUAAUCUUUGUCUCCUUCCAUGCAAGAAAGAAGAGGUUUCAGAAGAUGAAAAUUCAAGUGCGAAUGGUCAGGUUGAUAAGAAGCUGCGUAAAUGUGAUGUCUGUGGAAAACGGUUUAAAAAGCCAAGUCAUCUUAAAAUACAUACGAGGAUUCAUACUGGUGAGAAACCGCAUAAAUGCAGUCUCUGUGAAAAGCAAUUUAGCCAUUCGGGAUCAUUAAAAUUACAUCUCAAAGUUCAUACUGGUGAAAAGCCAUAUAAAUGUGAUCUUUGUGGAAAGCAAUUUAAACAGACAACUGAUGUGAAAAGACAUAUGAGAACUCAUACUGGUGAAAAGCCAUAUAAGUGCGAUUUUUGUGAAAAACAAUUUAACCAGGCUUGUACCAUGAAAACGCAUAUGAGAGUUCAUACUGGUGAUAAACCGUAUCAAUGCGAUGUUUGUGAAAAACAGUUCAAUCAGCCAACACAUUUAAAAACACAUCAAAGAAUUCACACUGGUGAGAAACCGUUUAGUUGCGAUGUUUGUGGAAAACAAUUUAAUCAGGCAAGUGUUUUGAAAACACAUAUCAGAAUUCAUACCGGGGAAAAGCCAUAUAAAUGCGAUGUUUGUGGAAAGCAGUAUUACCAAGCAAGUGUUUUGAAAACACAUAUGAGAAGUCAUGCUAAUAAGAGACCGUUUAAAUGCGAUCUUUGUGAAAAACGAUUCAAUUAUAAAAGUAAUUUGAAAACUCACAUGAAACUUCAUGCUAACGAAGACCCGCAUUAAUACAAUAAAAACAAGUUAUUUCAGUAAAAAAUUCAAAAACGCUAGAAAUUAUACCGAUAACACUAUUUUCGAGGUUGUGACUAAGUGAUUGUUAAACAUGCCUGUACCUUAGGAACAUUAAGCUUUUAGCGUAAUAUUUUAUCUUAUGACAUGUGCAUUACGGUAGUUUUUUAACACUUAGCACCCCAAAGCUCUGUGGUAGCCUUGUUCUGCCCCAAGUUAGAACACUUGCCAAUUUUUGGAGACAAAAAUGCUCAAGGCUGUCACAGAUUGGGCAGAAGACUAGGCUAGGCGUAUCUCCAAACCCUUUUUUAGAUUUAUUAAGGCCGGUGCAUGUAUGUGCUUUAUUGUUUGCCAGAUCUAACAAAAAUUCUUAAUUUUUUAUUUGUGGUUUAUAAACAAAAAGCAAAUUUGCCAGUACUGUCCUAAAAUUGUUGGGCAGGUCGAUCUUUGAACACAAAAUGUAGCUAGCAUAAUGUAUUAUACACUAAGCAUUUAUAGCUUAUAGAAGGUAAUAAUAUCUGUAAUAAAGUUCCUGUCAUGGUCACAUGACUCAAUUCAGAACGGCUUAGUUAGACCUUAUCUCUCCAUUAAUUUUUUUUCCUAUUAAUAAGUAAAUGCAGUGGACAUCUGCUAAUUGAAACAAUGUAACAAGAAAGCUGUUUCAUCUAGCAGUUGUUUGAAUUAACGACCUUCAAAUUAGCAGAUGUGUACUGUACAUACAUAAUAUUUAAUAUUUAAUGAAAAUGUAAAAUUGAGUGAUUCGCGAAAAUAAGUUCUCGUGAAAUAUUUAAAUUUGCAUUUUUUAUAAAUUGUUUUUAUAUAUAUAAAAAAACAAUUUCCUUUGCGCGCAUUACAACACUACCGUAAAUUAAUGAAUUUUGUUGACACUACCAAGGUAGCGCAAGUUAAAAAAGUAAAGUUCAAAUAUUUAUUGACUAACUUUCUUAACAUAUAAGUUUUUUUCCUGUGUGUUUAUUUUUAUCUUGUGAAUUAGAAAGACAUAUUUGCAGUAUUUUGUUCUUUAAGCCGAAUUUCCACUAGACGGUAUUCACGACGAUUUUUGUGACAAAAAGUAGAAACCAAUUCAACUUUUCGUCAUGACGAAAAUCGCGACCAAUCAAAUUCGAGUAUUGAUGACGAUCGUCGUAAAAAUCGUCCCGUAGAGAUUCGCCUUUACUAAGAUUUUAUUUAGGAAGUUUUUUUCUUAAAUUUUUUAAAGUUCUUAAACUAUAUAAAGUUCCUAAAUUAUUAUAAGUUCAUAAAAUAAUGUUUUAUACUAUGUUUCGAAUUGAAGUACUUUGAUGUUGUAUAUUUUGUGUGCAAGAUAGUUUAGACAGUUCAAGAACAUAAAUCUAUAUUAAAUUACCCUUAUACGUCUGUCUGUCUGUCUGUCUGUCUGUCUGUCUGUCUGUCUGUCUGUCUGUCUGUCUGUCUGUCUGUCUGUCUGUCACGCAAAUUGGUAGCUUAGCUGCGACGGGCGAACCCGUGGAUUUUUCCGCGGGCUAACGACUAGUGCAUAAAUACUAAUGGGAAGUAAUUUAAUUUGUUAUAUAUUCUGGCUGCUACGUGUUAGGCGAGGUGUUAACUUGUAAAAGAGAUGCCACCUUGGACCGUCCCCGUGACGCUCACUGCGGGUGUUUUUUAAAACAUGUUUUUCUUUUGUGUGCGCUUAUAUAUAAACUGAUUUAUUUAUGUUCAUAACGGCUGAGUUUCAUCAUAGUGGCGAAGUUUCUUUUGAAAAAUUGCAAUGCCGGCUUGCGUUUAGACAACAUUAUUUUAAAUCUAUAUACUGUUUUAAAUUUAAGUUCUUUUAACUUCUAUAAGAUGGGAAUAUGUCUCUAGAAAGAGUUGUGAUAGACACAUAGUCACCAUAUUGUUAAACUAAACGUCUUCUAUGAUAUUUUGACGUGUGAACUGAUUGCUUUUGUAUUUUUACUUGUUGCUUGAGGACAACAAAUAUGGUUUAUGGUGGUGGUUAGCAACA